GCCGCAACCCAUGGUAACGAAGAUGCAAGGAACAGGUUGGCUCUUGAUGAUACAGGUGUUCGUAGAGAUAAUGAGCCAAACAGCUUAAAAAAGGACAUGCAUAAUGAUAAGAAUUGUGUUAUUCAAUAA